AUGGGUAUUCGAUUGAAUGGGAUGGUUCAUGCAAAGCAGAUUCUCCAACGGACUCUUUCGGCGAAAAGUGAAAUGGUAUCAUCAGACAUUCCGAAAGGUCACUUUGCAGUUUAUGUAGGAGAAGCCCAGAAGAAAAGAUUCGUGAUUCCGAUAUCAUACUUGAAUCAUCCAUUAUUCCGGGAUUUACUAAAUCUGGUUGAGGAAGAAUUUGGAUUCAACCAUCCAAUGGGUGGUCUCACAAUUCCCUGCAGCGAAGACUACUUCAUUAGUCUCACUUCCAUUUUAAGUUCAUGAAUAGUACUGGCAAUGCUAAAACAUUUCCAUGAUUCAUCUCUUAGUGCCACUGUUCUGUUUCUCUUUCCAAGUUUGGAACAGAAACUGAGACAAUCAAGACAUUCCUUCAAUUUUGUAAUGUGGGUUCUUGCAAAUUAAUUUCAUCCUUUGCAGAUGUUUAGCUCCUG